CUCCCUCUCUCUCUCUCUCUCUCUCUCCCCUUCCCUGUCUCGCUAGUGAUCUGUUUAUUUGGUACGGUCAAGGCCGACAGUUUCGGCCUUGAGCUGUUGAAACUCCUCCAGCCAGCACUUGGCGAGCAGGUCAGGCCGCCUCAGUGCGUGUGUGUCGGCCUGCACAGCGACCAGCAUGUGGUCGUGGUAGCUGAACACCGCCAGGCCGACCCCGACCUUACAACCCAAUAAAGGCAGACACAGACAGAAGAGAGGUGAGUGACAUAAGGGCGUUUUGUGGAUGCCUAGCCUAGCAGAUAGUGCUAUGUGUGUGUAUGUACCUCGUAUGGUAUGGGGACGAAGAAGAAUAGGUCAUAGACGGGAAGGCCGCCGAAGACCCUCUGGGUGGUGGGGCCCGGCACGUUCGUCAUCACACAACUGAUCUGCACGCACACACACACACACGAAGGCCACACGGCACACAUCUGCCAUUGUAUGUGCCCCCUUGGUUGCUUGUCUUGUAAGUGUGUCUGUCCUGACUGACCUUGCGGGUGAAUCGCUUGAAGAUGGCGCAGAAGACCCAUCCCGGGAAGGCGUACAUUAAAAUCUCAAAGGCCAUGAAGGCCGGCAGCAGCACACCCGAAUACACCUUCCCCGCCGCCCUCUGCUCCUCCUCGCUCAUCCGCCUCCACCCCUUCCCCUUCGCCCGCAGCCUCUUGGCGCACCCAAGGAUGUCCAGCCAGCCACUGGUCUCUGUGGCCCUCGUCCCCCCUGCUUUGCCCGACCCCUCCUUGUAUUUCGCCAUCUGUGCCGUCACGCGACACAGCCGCUCGACCGAAGACGACUCCACACAUGUGGGGAAGGGCAGUAUUCCCCCUCCGUACACGUUGCGCAGCCCGUCGCCUGUCUGGCCCGCCUUGCGCUUGUUGACGGCCACCAGCAGGCGCAUCUCGUCCUGCAGCCGGACAGGCUUGGGGUCGGUGCUGCGGGCGAACCACGACCGUCUCCCGGGGCUCAAUGCGGCCUUGUCGCUGCUGUCGCCCGUCCGUGUGGAGACCGACUCGUUGCUCAUGGAGGGGAAGAACAGCGGCAGGCAGAAGGGGAAGCCGCGAUUGGCGCUGCCGUCGGUGGUGCUGGCCCGGUGUGGCGACCGCUGGAGGGGCGUCCUCUCGGGGCUCAGGCAGCUCCGCAGCGACGACAGGAAGCUGGGCCGACUUCUGUCGUGAGGAUGGUGCCUCGCCGGGCAGGGGGCGAAGAGCGCCGACCUCAGGCUGGGCAGCGACCGGCUCGUGCGGAUGGUGUCCUUGCGUGUGUGUGAGGCGGCCACGGGGGUGGUGCAUCCUUGAGGGGUCAAGGUGCCGUAGGACGGCGCCAUGACGGCCGUUGGUUCGCUCAGCGGGGGGAAGGCCAUCGGGGACGAAACAGCCGAGCCCAGCUGAGGGGCGUUGACACUCGAUGAUGACGCCUCAUUGGUGGACUUGGGAGAGGCGGCCGUGAGCGGUGUGGCGAGGGAGGGCAGGCGUGAGACGUCCAGGGUCUCUCCGGUGCCUGUCGAGUCAGCGACCGAGCCCCUGCGGAGGUCGCCGUCCAUGAGUGUGGGGGUGGUGACUGGCGUGUCGGUGGUGAGAUAGCUGCCCGGCCUGGGCCGUCGCUCUCCGCUGCCAGAGUGGUUGAUGGUGUCCUCCUGCUGCUGUUGGUGCUGUGCAUAUCGAGUGUAGGCGCCGACGAGGCAGGCCGUCAUGACGUCGUUGACUGUCAUGGACUGGGAGCCCCAUGAGCGGCCGGCGACUGGAGGGACAUACACAGGGGACUUUGGCUCGUCGGGCGACUUGGGCUCCUCGUCGCUGCUCGUCGUCCCGGUCGUCUCGCGAGAAUAAAUGGGUCCCUUCCGCUGCCGCGUGCCGCACCCAAAGAGGGACUCGCGGCACCUCUUCUUCUUGUCGUCGUCUCCCUUGCCGCUCUUCCACUGCUCAUGCUGGCCGCUGUUGAAGUAGUCCUUGAUGGACUUGACCUCCUGCAGGCUCACUCGCACCGGCAGACUCACACGCCGCUGAUUGGACGCUAGCGGCCGGCGCAUCGACGGCGCAUCCCAGGACCGCUCCACAGGCCAUGUGCAGCUCUGCAGCAGCAGGGACGGCGCCCGCCACAGACGCAGAAGUGGGCGGAUGCGGCUGAGGAGCGAGGGCCCUCGGCGUUUCAUGGCUGGGCGGGAUGGUGCUGGGGAGGGGGAGGGCGAGAUGUCGGGGGAGGGGACCAGGGAGGGGCUCAUGAUGGAGGGAGGGUCCAGCAGGUCGUUCGUGUGGAUCUCAACCAGAGCUGCCAAAGCAAAAGGGGAUGGAUGACCGACAAAUAGUCAAUCCGUAGAGCGUUCAAUUCGAUGCAAAGCAGGUGUGGUUGUUUCUUGUCUCCCUCCCUUACCUAUUCCGUCAGCGAGUGUGUGGUGGUAUCUGGCAAUUAGCACGGUAAAGGGGCCCCUGAACACGCCAUCACUGGUCUGGUCCUCACCAGGGGCUGAGGAGUGGUCAGCGUAGGCGAACAGCGGGUCAUCGAGCAUCACAUUCUCUAGCACAUGCAGCCGCCUGCACCCACAAGAAGGCAAUGACGCAUGCCAUCUCCCUCGCUCGCUCGCUCGCUCCCUCCCUCCCUCCCUCCCUCCCUCCCUCCCUCGACCCUUCCUUGUGUGUCUCACGCACCACGGGGGGUGUUCCUUGUGCAGAGGCUUGUUGUUGACCUCAGCGACGAAUGCCUCGAGGUCUCCCCGCUUCACCACCCGGUGGGGCCCCCCGCCGCGCACCACCUCAUCCAAGGGCACAGCGCUCACGUGGUAGUCGAUAUCGACGUCAUCCUGCGGCACCCAGCAGUACCGCCACAGCUGACGCUCCACGCGACACCGCAGCCUCGGGUGCUUGAGCACCACCCUUUCCUCGUCGCCCGACGAUGGGCCGUCGGCGGCCGUGGUGGCAUUGAGCCACCGGUCGGUGACGAGCUUCUGGAUCUCCUUGUGAGGGACGUUGCCGCAGAUGAAGCAGCCCGUGAUAAUGAAGUGCGGCUGCCGCCACAGGUAGUCCUCCUGCCCGUCGAGAGGGAUGCGGUCUGUUGGCGGCGGUGGGACGCCAUUGCCAUUGCUGCUGUCGCUCUGCUGCCCUCUCUUGUUGCUGCUCCUUGUCCGUGCAUUCCUGCGGCAGAUGAGGAGCGAGUACAGCUUGUUGACAACGGCCCUCGCGACAAAGAAGAACGUCAGCGGUCCCGUGAAGAUGCUGAUGGCGGCGAUGAGGACGGUGAUGUCCCAGACGAGUGUGAAACAGCGAAACAAACCCAUCGGUGCACGAGGGCGGGCUGAAUCAGCAAGUGGGAUUCGCAGACACAAAUUGGUCACACUGAUAAUGCAUGUCGGUGCAUCUCACGAUCGUACAAUAGCGAGACGGUCUGGAGAGCGAAGGUCUCGCGAGAGAAGGU